GGCCCUGGGUCCCGGCAGCUGCUCCCGCGGCGGCGGUUCGCGACAAAGUGCGCGAUGGAGCCGGGCUCCCCGCAGCAGCUCCCGCGGCGGCGGUGCGCGAUGGAGCCGCGCGCGGAGGACUGCGUGGACCGGGAGGACUGCGUGGACGGGGAGGACUGCGCGGACGGGGAGGACUGCGCGGACGAGUACAGCGUGGCCGCCUGGUGGGACAUGGUGGUGAGGAACGUGCGAUCUAUUCCACAAUGCUGUGAAACACUCGGAAGGAAAAUUGCCACUCAGUACAACAGCUUUACUAGUAAACCAUUAAAAGAACACAUUUUCCCUCCUCUGAUGGACAUGCUAAUUUAUUUUAAUUUUUUCAAAGCACCAUUUCUUGUGGACUUAAAGAAGCCGGAGUUAAAGAUGCCUCACACAGUGAACUUUUACAUCAAGGUUGAACCCGGGGUGAUUCUGGGAAUCUGGCACACAGUUCCCAGCUGCCGGGGGGAAGAUGCUAAAGGGAAGGACCGUUGCUGGUACGAAGCAGCCCUUCAUGAUGGCAACCCAAUUAUUGUCUAUCUUCACGGCAGUGCAGAACACAGGGCAGCUCGUCACAGGCUUAAUCUCGUAAAGGUGCUGAGCGAUGGUGGCUUUCACGUCUUGUCUGUUGACUACAGAGGGUUCGGGGACUCUACGGGUAAGCCCACAGAGGAGGGACUGACUGCGGACGCUAUUUGUGUCUAUGAGUGGACCAAGGCAAGAAGUGGCACCACCCCCGUGUGCCUCUGGGGCCACUCUCUGGGUACAGGAGUUGUAACGAAUGCUGCGAGAGUACUAGAAGAGAAAGGAUCCCCGGUUGAUGCUAUUGUUCUGGAAGCUCCAUUUACCAACAUGUGGACUGCAAGUAUCAAUUAUCCCUUGUUAAAGAUUUACCAGAAACUUCCAGGAUUUUUACAAACACUUAUGGAUGCUUUGAGAAAAGACAAAAUAGUCUUCCCUAAUGAUGAAAAUGUAAAAUUCCUGUCUUGCCCCCUCCUCAUCCUUCACGGCGAGGAUGACAGAACAGUGCCUUUGGCGAAUGGAAAACAGCUCUAUGAAAUUGCACGCAAUGCAUACAGGAACAAAGACAGAGUCAAGAUGGUGAUCUUUCCUCCUGGCUUCCAACACAACCUGCUUUGUAGAAGCCCCACACUGUUAAAAACCGUGAGAGAUUUCCUGAGCCAGCAGUGGGCAUGAGGUCUGAGAGCAGCAGAAACCUCCAGCGAAGACUUGGUCCGAACACCACCUGUGAUGUGUAUUUUUUUGUGUACAAUUGUACUGGUAUGCUUGGAUGAGCUAAAGUCAAUUGGCAUGUCUGCAAGCCACUUGCCAGCUACAAGCAUGGGUGCUGGGUGGUAUGGGAUGCUCUCAUUUAGUUCAUGGAACAUGCUGAGACAUCACUGUGGAGAAUCAGAAUUUGGUAAAAACUGGAUCCCAUAUAAAAAUGUGCAGUUGCCAAACACCCUGGGCUAUUUGUGAAUCAGGUGUAGUCUUUGGUUUGGACUUAGAUAGCAGUGUAAGAA